AUGGCAGAGAAGCGCCUAGCUGAAGAGGAUGCAUCGCGACAGGCCAAGAAACAUCGACACAGUGGCUCCUCGGCAACCUCCAAACGCCGUGGUGGUACUGGAGUUGACGAAACGUAUGGCCAGCGAUCGGCCUUUGGAUCACUCGACUUCACGACGGCUCCAGAUGACGGCGAGUACGAGUGGGAAGACGAGACAGACGCCUUAGCAUAUCUCAAGUCGGUCCGAGAAGAAGCACGGGGCAUUCCCCAUGUCCUGGCGGCGAAGAAAGCCGGGCCAGAGUUGCCAGAGGGCGCCGUCGACCGGAGCAUCUACCAAGACGGCCGAGGCGACUUCAGAGGGUUCUACCAUGAUGGCGCAUAUACGGCAUACCCCGACAAUUACCACGAGGAAGAGGAGGAUGAGGACGAGGGUGACUAUGGGGCCGAGGCAGGAGACGAAGGCACAGACCCUGCCGACCAAGCCGACGACGGAGAGCUCUACAGCGACGACACCAGCAGCAUAGCUGGUCCGCGCAACAGCAAUUCAGCCGAGAUUCAUCAAGCAUACUACAUCACGCUCAUCGACCAAUACACGAGCCUGCGGGAUCUGAUGCAGGCAGAGCCGCCUGAUAGCGUGGUUGCAGCUCUUCCUGGAGACCACCCUUCAGAAGUCAAGGGUUUUGGUGCAAAGUGGGACACGUUCAACCAGUGGUCACACCGUAUCAGAAACACCGAUCCCCUGCCUGCCCAAAUCGCCCUGAUGCAGAAGGAGAGCGUCCUCCGCCUGCUGCGCAUCAUCCUCGGGGGCAAGUUCUUCAGGAAAGGACAGGAACUGCGCGAGCGAACCAGCCGGUGGAUGUGGGCACUCCUUGCGCGGCUGCCUGAGAAAGGCGAGCUCGACUACCAGGAGAUCGGCUGCAUCCGCGAGCUGGGAAAGCGCGCAAUCAUGUUCAUGCUGAGCCUGGCCGAGGCCGAGGUCCUACGCGAGCAGUACGGCGUGGGUGGAAGUGGAGGCAGUGAAGACGACGCAGAGCUGGAUGCGGAUGGGGGGAUCGAUGAAGAGUUUGAGCAGGACGACAUCGAGGAGGCCGAAGCCUUGGAUUUAAGCCAGACUCCUCAGGUCCCAGAAGGUAAAGCAAGACUGGAAAGACCGGUCACAACCGAGGAUUUCUCAGCGCCGCGGAAAGCCAACGACGACAUAUCAACUCGCGCGCCACAGGCAGUCAACCAGCUUGCGUCUCCCCAGUCUGACGUGGCGAUGGAGAUCGAGUCGGACGAGGAGGAUGGGGAAGUAUCAACCGAACCCAAAGUGCAAAGCGAACCAGCGGCUGACAUUGAGGCGGUCAAGGCCCGGCUUCUAGCCCAGCUCGACGACAUCGACGUUCCCACAGGUGAGGAGGCGCCGACGAGCCCGGACGACGACGAGGCCAGCAGAGCCUUGGUCAACGUGCGCGCCACGCUGAACAUGAUCCUCACGAUUGCCGGUGAGUUCUACGGACAGCGAGACCUGCUAGAGUUCAGGGAUCCCUUUGAGCGCAUCGUUGAUUAG